GGUGCAACAAAUUUAUUUUUUAUAUUCCAUUCUUUAUACUCGGUAUAAGUUAUCCCGUUAAAGUUAAAAUGUUUAGACUUUAAUUAUUUUUUAUGUCAUUUUUAAAAAAAAAAAAAAAUACUACACAUAAACUAAGUUAUUCAUGGACACGCCUAUAUGUACCUAAAAAUCAUUAUUAUGACCAUUAUGGCCAUUUUAAUUACCACCUCGGCGAUCUGGCCGACAUAUGUUAAUAAAGAGUAUACACAACACAAUUACACUUCCAAACCAAACUACAAACAUCUCUUCAUUCCUCACUUCAAUGUCAUUGAUCCUUAAAAUACUCUAUACUAGUAAGGUACUAAGAUAUACACAUCCACAAUCUCCUUUUUCCUCAAUAAAAAAUAAAACAUCACCUUUUCUUUAUUAAAGAUUUAUAGGUGGAAAAUCCACCACUUUAUUUAAUUAUAUAAUUAUUUUUUCAUUCAUGAAUAAUGAUAUUUAGAUCCCACCAUGCAAGGUUUGUUUGGAGGUUGUAGUAGUAAAUACUCCACUGAAAUAUACCCAUCAAACUCAGAAAAAUUUAAACCCAAAAAUUAAAAUCAAAAUAAUAAUAAAUUAAAAAAAAAAAAACCAAAACCCCAAUUCUUGAGAAUUCCAUUCCCUAGGAAAAACAAGACAACAGAGGAAUAAACCAGAAAGAAAAAGAGAUGAAUUGGGAUUCAAACCCAUUGAAACCAAUUUCAUUUUACAAACAAAAUUCAUUUCUUAUUAAACUUUUGAUUUUGUUUCUCUUGUUUGGUUUGACAAUUCGCUUCUUUUCUUCUUAUUCCAUUGAUUUUUCUUCCCCAGUUUUGGAAAUCAAGACUUCUUCCCCUGUAACUGAUCUUCUUACUUUUGAUAAAGGCUCUCUCACAUCCAAUUCAACCAAUUUAAUUGAAGAUGAAGCAAAAUCGAAAUGUGAUUUGUUUAAAGGUGAAUGGAUCCCAAAUCCAUCUGGUCCUGUAUACAAUAAUAAUAGCUGCCCUUUCAUUGAGCUCCCUCAGAAUUGUAUGACUAAUGGCCGGCCCGAUUCGGACUACCUCUAUUGGAGGUGGAGUCCCUUGGAUUGCAAGUUGGAUAAGUUCAACCCUGAGAAGUUUCUUGAUUUGAUGAGCAACAAGUAUUGGGCUUUCAUUGGCGAUUCCAUUUCUCGCAAUCAUGUGCAAUCCUUUCUUUGUACCCUGUCUCAGGUUGAUCAAGCUAAGGAGAUCUAUCAUGAUGAGGAAUACAAAUCAAAGACAUGGGUUUUUCCCUUGUACAAUUUCACAGUCACGGUUAUAUGGUCCCCAUACCUUGUCAAAGCCGAGAUUUUUGAAGACAAUGAUGGAGUUUCAACAUCUGAGACUCAGCUUCAUCUUGACAAGUUAGAUGAGAAAUGGACAAGCAGAUACAAUAACUUUGAUUAUGUGAUAAUUGCAGGUGGAAAAUGGUUUUUGAAGACUGCAAUCUAUUUUGAAAAUAACACAAUUCAAGGAUGCCAUUACUGCCAUGGGAGAAACUUGACAGAACUCGGGUUUGACCAUGCUUAUCGCAAGGCACUCGAGCUGGUUCUAAACUUUGUGAUGAAUUCAAGUCAUAAAGCACAAGUUUUCUUGAGAACAAUCACCCCGAAUCACUUUGAGAAUGGAGAAUGGCAUAAUGGUGGGACUUGUAAUCGAAAAGUGCCAUUCAAAGAGGGUGAGGUGAACAUAACUGAUAUAGAUAGGAUACUUUAUGAGGUGGAGUUGCAGGAAUUUGACAAGGCCGUUGGAGUUGCAUCAGAGAAAGAUGUCUCCUUAAAGCUUUUUGACACAACCCGACUCUCUCUAUUGAGGCCUGAUGGGCAUCCUGGGCCGUACAGGCAGUCUCAUCCUUUUGCAAAGGAUAAAAAUGCCAAGGUUCAAUAUGAUUGCUUGCAUUGGUGUUUGCCAGGGCCAAUUGACUCCUGGAAUGAUUUGGUCAUGGAUAUUUUGAUGAACGACUAAACGAAAGAAAUGCAAGAGUCAUUGACACUUUGAAAGGUAUGUUAUGGGUAGAUCCAUAUACACAAAGUUAUCCAUGCAAAGUUCGAUUUUGGAUCACUGAUGUAAAUUUUUUGUUAUGAAAAAUUCUUUCUUGUAAAAUUUUUGUUAUACAAAAUUCUUUGAAUGAAAAUACUCAAAAGUGAUCCGGAACCCUGGAUAAUAAUUACUCAGGAAAAGUUAUUUAAUCUUUGGUUUUCUUUUUC